AUGUGGAGGCUUAUCGGGUCUAGGUUCGAAUUUUUGGUUCUUGGCCUAACAUUCGAGUUUCUACGUCACCGAGCCACCCGGACGCAGCCAAGCCUCAAUCGACAGUCGACACCCUCCAAUCGGCCCUCCUCUCCGGCGACAGUAGUCCUCCAUUGGCGCUUCCCCUCCAUCGAGAGCUUCCUAUCGGCUCUCUCUCUUCGGCUGCAUCCUGAAAGAUUUUGGCACACAAUGGGAUGGAAAGCAGCUCAGAAGCUCAUACAUCACUGGAAGAUUCUGAGAGGAGAUAAUGUAAUGAUUAUUAGGGGAAAAGACAGGGGCGAAACUGGAACUAUUAAACGUGUCAUUCGCUCUCAGAAUCGUGUUAUUGUUGAGGGGAAGAACUUGGUAAAGAAGCAUAUAAAGCAAGGGCAAGGGCAUGAAGGUGGAAUUUUUACCGUAGAAGCCCCUCUACAUGUCUCAAAUGUUCAAAUAGUCGAUCCCGUGACAAAGCAGCCAUGUAAGGUUGGGAUAAGGUAUCAAGAAGAUGGUAGUAAAGUAAGAGUUUCAAGAGGUAUAGGGGCAUCAGGGUCAAUUAUCCCUCGCCCCGAGAUUUUGAAAAUUAGGGCUACCCCACGCCCAACAAUCGCUGGUCCGAAGGAUACUCCUAUGGAGCUGGUGUUGGAGAAGACUUUUGAUGCUAAAACAGGAAAGGGUAUGCCGGAUCUUUAAUUAGCUUCUACUCUUCUUUUUCUUUCAUAAUAUGCCAUUUUUAGGUGGAAUCGAAGUGUUGUGGUUUCUGUU